AUGAGCGAUCUGUCGGCUGAGGAGCGAGUGGCGAAGGCAGAGGCGAGUCGCCUGGCGGCGUUGGCGAAGCUGCGGGCGAGGCGCGAGGCCGAACGCGAUCGCAUUUUGAGCUUUCUCACAGAGGAAUCGUGGCGCGAGGUACUCCAGGAUGAAUUCAAGAAGCCGUACUGGGAAGAUUUGGUCAAAUUUUUGAUGAGCGAGGAGAAGGCCGUCUUCCCUCCCGACGAGCAUAUCUUCGCCGCCCUUAAUGCUUGCCCGUUCGACUCAGUAAAGGCCGUAAUCUUGGGCCAGGACCCCUACCAUGGCCACCGGCAAGCGCACGGCAUGUGCUUCUCGGUCAACAAGGGCGUGGGCAUUCCGCCCUCCCUCGUCAACAUCUACCGCGAGCUGGCCGCCGACAUUCCCGGCUUCCGACCGCCGAAUCACGGCUACCUCAUGCAGUGGGCCAAGCAGGGCGUGCUCCUUCUCAACACAGUGCUCACCGUCGCUCAGGGCUCGCCCGACUCGCACGCGGGCAAGGGCUGGGAGCACUUCACGGACGCCAUCAUCCAGGCCAUCAAUCAAAAGUCCAACGUCGUGUUCCUGCUGUGGGGCGCCAAGGCCCAGACAAAGAAGAACAUGAUCACCGGUCAGAACCACGUCCUCACCGCCGCCCACCCCUCGCCAUACUCGGCCGACAAGACUGUGGAGGGCGGCGGAUCGCACGAGCCGGACGUGGAGGAGGAGUACGAGCGCGAGACGCGAGACUACCCCACGCCGCCCAGCACGCCGCCCGCCAGCACCAGCAGCAUCUACGCCCCCCAGCGGGGCCAGAAGAGAGGAUUCGACUCGGCCGUCAGCAGCGACACGGGCGCCACCUCCAGUCCGAACCGAGCGGGCGACCUGUGCUACAAGUGUAACGAGACCGGCCACUGGGCGUCGCAGUGCCCCAACAAAAAGGCAAGGACCGAACCGGCUGGCGGCGACCAGUCCAAUUUCCCGCCCGCCGAUGGCCCGGUGUGCAGCCACAACGAACCGUCCAAGGUCUGUACCGUGCGCAAGGAGGGACCCAACCAAGGCCGACAGUUCUACGCGUGCGCACAGUCGCGAGAGUCCCAAUGCAAAUUCUUCCAGUGGCUCGACGAGCCGCCGCGCGCCUCUUCCUCCUUUGGCGGCGCCUCCUCUUCCUCCUCCGGCACCGCUUCGCCGGCCCGCUCGGGCAUCCAGAAGUACUUUGGCGCCGGUGGUGGCGGCGGCGGCGGCGGCGGCAGCGACAGCAACGUGUGCUUCAAGUGCAACGAGACGGGCCACUGGGCCAGGGACUGCCCCAGCGCUGGCGCCAGCGGCGGCGGUGGCGGCAGCUAUGGUGGGCGAGGCGGCGGUGGCGGUGGCGGCGCCAGCAGCGGCCGGCCCUGCUACAAGUGCAACGAGACGGGCCACUGGGCGCGAGACUGCCCCAGCGCGGGUGGUGGCGGCGGUGGGGGCUACGGCGGCGGUGGAGGUGGCUACGGCGGCGGCGGCUUCGGUGGACGAGGAGGUGGCGGCGGAGGCAGCAGCAGGCCCUGCUACAAGUGCAACGAGGUCGGCCACUGGGCGAGGGACUGCCCCUCUGGCUAA